AGAGAGAGAGAGAGAAAGAGACAGAGAGGGAGGGAGACAGAGAGACAGAGGGAGAGAGACUGAGAGAGAGACAGAGAGAGAAAGAGACAGAGGGGGGAGAGACAGACAGACAGACAGACAGACAGAGGGAGAGAGAGAGACAGAGACAGAGAAAGAGGGAGAUAGACACAGAGAGAGGGAGAUAGACACAGAGAGAGGGGAGAGACAGAGAGAGAAAGAGAGAUGGGGGGAGAGACAGAGAGAAAGACAGACAGAGAGAGAGGGAGGAAGAUAGAGAGACAAAGACAGAGAGAGAGACACACACACACAGACGGGGGGAGGGAGAGAGCUGCUUCAAACUCUCAAGAUUUUAAAAGUUUCUUUAGGAAUUACUAUAGAUUUAAGGUCCAUCGUUUUUGGAAACAGACUUCGUAAGUUGGAGGGUGAAUUUUAGUCAGAAUAAUAAGUGUAGUGUCUAUGUAGACAAGGAAGCAGUCCCUCGCAGGACAGUUGGAGGGGUGAUAUUUAGAAGAAAUACUAGUUAUUAGGGAUCAUAUAAGGGAUCUCCUAAUCCUGUUCCUCCUUUCUAGUCUUCUACCUACUACUGCAAAGAAGUCAAUAAUCAUUAUUUAAUAGGCUGCCUCAGACCUUCACUUCACCAUCUGUGGAGCAGUUUGGCUCCAGCUUUAGUCUGAUCACUCUGACUUUAGAUGGUCAUUUAUUACAUUGGACCAGCCAGCCUGAUCUAGAAGACAAGUUUUAUUUUUGUUCAUCACAACGUGGACAGAGACUGAGUUUGUGUGUCCCACUAGAGAGUUCCAGGAAGAGGGGCAAAAACUGUCCUCAUAAGAGGUAGCCAGAGGACACUUGCUUUCUCUGGCUGGAGACUGUUGCUCUCUCCUUUCUCUGACAAGCACAGGCUCAUCUUGUAGGCAGCCACUUGCAGGAGGAGCUGAUGCAGCAUAACAUGUCAAAUGGCUGAGAGUUAGGGCUGCUAGACAGGCGGGUGAUCUUUCUCUUCCUCUAACCCUCACUAAUAGAUAAUUAUGAAUUAAGUUACAAUCUCCAGGAAAUUACAAUCAUAAUCAUAGAAAUAAUCAAUAGAGGAAAAACCAGUUGCAGACAGCUUGGCAUGAGACUCAUUUAAUUCAGAUCAUUCUGAAAGCUUUUGUGGUGGAACAACAACAAUGAGGACAAAUUGGCCACAUCUGUUACAGAUGUUUCUGUUUCAGCCAUUAGUGACAUUGGAGUCAUCACGUUUUCACUCCCACCUUGCAGACACCACUGCUCCCAAGGAGGCAGAAAUUAAGGAAAACAAAGGCCAGAAGGAUGACUGAAACAGACCAAAUAGGAGGCCUGGGCCUGGGUCUACACAUUUCUCAGGGCAUCCAAAUCCUGAUAAAGUGCCUUUUGGUUCAGUAUUCCCAAUUACAUGGGAAAGCAAUUUUUGACCUUUAUUUUUAAACAUUUUGAGUCCCAAAUUCCCUUCCUCUCCACACUCAAUGAAAUGAGAAAUAAUUUGAAAUAGGUUAAGCAUGUUGGAAUGGAGUAAGGAAGUAGAAAGAAGAAAGAAAAACUGGGAACACUGAAGAGUUUUUAAAAUGCACAGAAAAAAGUCAAGAAGUAACCAUAGCAAAACAGGUCAGGUCAGCUUUGACAGUGGCGUGUUGAAUUUACAGUUAAAAGAAAAGCAACAUAUUUCCAUAUUAGUCACGAUAUGGAAGACAGUAUAUGAAAAAAAUACAUUCAUGAAGCUAAUCAAGGGUAAAAUGGUAAACAUCAGUCUGCAUGCACUCUCCCAUCAGUUCUCUCCCUGGAGGUAGACAGCAUUUUUCAUCAUAAUUCUUUUGUCAUUUGGAUAUUUCUAUUGCUGAGAAGAGCUAAAUCAUUCAGAGAUCAUUGUGCAAUAUUGCUGUUACUGUGUGCAGUCAUCUCCAGGUUCUGUUCCCUUUGCAUCCGUUCAUAUAGGUCGUUCCAGGGUGUUCAGAAAUUCCUCUGGUCCUCAUUUCUUAUAGCACAGUAAUAUUCCACCACAAUCAUAUGCCCUAACUUGUUCAGCCAUUCCCCAAUUAAUGAACAUCCUCUUAAUGUCCAGUUCUGAGAAAAAGCAUUUUUAAGGUGUUUUGGAUGCUAUGAUGAUGUUAGUGCUGAAACAGUAUAUCCAAAAGACUUCACUUACUACUUCUCUCUUCAAUUACUUCCCCAUCAUGAUGAGAAUGAGGAAUAGCUUUGAUGGGAGGAGAAGGGAACAAUAUUACAUCACAGACCACAACUGGACUAUCCUAACUGGGUGCAAAGAGUAGAGAGUAAUGGGUUCUUCUAGUUGGAUUGUUGUUUAGAAAACUGAUUUGAUUCAAUUAUGGAAAAUGCAACAUUCUAAAUUCUCCUUCAAUCAUGUAUUCCCUUUGCCUGUGCUAAGAGCAUGCAAGAUUACAGAAGACAGGACUGCAGUAUGAGCCCGAUUAUUCAUAUCAAACAAAGCUUAAAAGAAAAGACCAAUAUUUGUGAAAAGCACAUGGAAAGCUUAUGAAUCUUUGACAUUCAAGGAUGUGGCUGUGGAGUUCACCUGGGAAGAGUGGAGACACCUGGAUCCUGCCCAGAUGGCCCUGCACAGGAAUGUGAUGUUGGAGAACUAUGAGAACCUGGUCUCUAUAGGGAUUCCCGUUUCCAAACUAGAUUUGCUCUUCCUGUUGAAGAGAGAAGAUGUACAGAAUCAAGAGGGAGAAGCUGGGACAGGCACUUGUAUAGAAGGAAAGAUCAGACUUGAAAUGAAAGAGAUGACUGCAGAGCUACACCUUUCUGGGGAAGAAACUCAGAAGCAAAGAUGUGUUGGUGAUGGUGCCUGUGAUUCCACUUGGAGAGAAAACUUUGAUGUACAUCAGAAAUUCCACACUGAACGGAAACCUUUUGAAUGUAAUCAAUGUGGUAAAACAUUUGCAAAGAGAGCUGCUCUUACUGUACAUCAGAGAAUCCACACUGGAGAAAAACCUUAUGAAUGUAACCAUUGUGGGAAAGCAUUCAAAGAGAGGUCCAGUCUCACUGUACAUCAGAGAAUCCAUACUGGAGAAAAACCGUAUGAAUGUAAUCAGUGUGGAAAGGCAUUCAAAUAUAGAAAGAGUAUGGUUGAACAUCAGAGCACUCACACUAGAGAAAAACCUUAUAAAUGUUACCAUUGUGGGAAAACAUUCACACAGAGGGCCACUCUCACCGUACAUCAGAGAAUCCACACUGGAGAGAAACCUUUUGAAUGUAAUCAGUGUGGAAAGGCAUUCAGAUAUAGAAAGAGUAUGGUUAAACAUCAGAGCAUUCACACUGGAGAGAAACCUUAUAAAUGUGAUCAAUGUGGAAAGGCUUUUAUAGACAGGUCCAUUCUUACUGUACAUCAGAGAAUCCACACUGGAGAAAAACCUUAUGAAUGUAACCAUUGUGGGAAAACAUUCAAAGAGAGGGCCAGUCUCACCGUACAUCAGACAAUUCACACUGGAGAGAAACCUUUUGAAUGUAAUCUGUGUGGAAAGGCUUUCAGACGUAGAGACUAUCUCAAGCUACAUCAGAGAAUCCAUACUGGAGGGAAGCCUUACGAAUGUAAUCAAUGUGGUAAAAAAAUUGCAAAGAGAGCUGCUCUUAUUGUACAUCAGAGAAUCCACACUGGAGAAAAACCUUAUGAAUGUAACCAUUGUGGGAAAACAUUUACAGAGAGGGCCAGUCUUACCGUACAUCAGAGAAUCCACACUGGAGAGAAACCUUUUGAAUGUAAUCUGUGUGGAAAGACUUUUAUACGAAGGAACAGGCUUACUGUACAUCAGAGAAUCCAUACUGGAGAGAAACCUUAUGAAUGUAAUCAAUGUGGAAAGGCUUUUUCACAGAAGUCUGGUCUUACGAUCCAUCAAAGAAUCCACACUGGUGAGACUCCUUUUGAAUGUAAUCAAUGUGGAAAGGGUUUCAGACGCAGGUACCUUCUUAAUCUACAUCAAAGAAUCCAUACUGGAGAGAAACCUUAUGAAUGUAAUCAAUGUGGAAAGGCAUUCAGAUAUAGAAAGAGUAUGGUUAAACAUCAGAGCAUUCACACUGGAGAGAAACCUUAUGAAUGUUAUCAAUGUGGAAAGGCUUUUAGAUGUAGGAAAAGUAUAGUUAAACAUCAGAGAAUCCACACUGGAGAAACACCUCAUGAAUGUAACCAUUGUGGGAAAACAUUCACAGAAAGGGCCAGUCUCACCAUACAUCGGAGAAUCCACACUGGAGAGAAACCUUUUGAAUGUAAUCUGUGUGGAAAGACUUUUAUGCGGAGGAACAGGCUUUCUAUACAUCAGAGAAUCCACACUGGAGAGAAACCUUAUAAAUGUAAACAAUGUGGAAAGGCUUUUAUAGACAGGUCUACUCUUACUGUACAUCAGAGAAUCCAUACUGGAGAGAAACCUUAUGAAUGUAAUCAGUGUGGAAAGGCAUUCAGAUAUAGAAAGAGUAUGGUUAAACAUCAGAGCAUUCACACUGGAGAGAAACCUUAUGAAUGCAAUUGGCUUAGUAAAGUCCUCAGUCAAAAGUCAACCCUUAUUUUCCCUCAGCCACUGCCAACUCAGUAAAGAACAGUCCUUGGGUGUCAACUGUGUCCACUGCCAAAUCAGUAAACAACAGUCCUUGGGGGAAGCUGUGUCAACCCCAGCCAUACCUUUGGGAACUUUUGCUCUACUGAUGAUACUGGGGUCAGGCUGCUGAUUAAAGGAAGAUUGCAGGGGCCCUCCACUGGCCCUGGACAUGGGGCCUCAGCACAUUGAUCAGACAUGGUCCCAGGGUUCACCUAAUGAUGGAGGAGCACAUGAAUAAGAGCAAUGGCAUUCGUCUCACUUGGAAGUAAUCCAAGGCUAAUGUUCGCAUAAUUCAAGCUGAAUCCCUUUCUUUUUCUCUAUGGAAUCAUGAUUAUGUUUAACACUUCAAUUUAGGAAGAUGAGAAAUAAAGACUCUUUGGUGUCUCAUAGCAUGAGACUUCAGGGGCUUUCGGGAGCCUCCAUGAUCUUCAGUGUUAGGUCUAGUGAUUACGUACAAGAAAAAGAUAGUCACAUACUGAAGCCAGAACAAGCAUUGACUACUAGGAAAGACAUCAGCAUGCAGAAUGGAGGUAGAGAUUGGGGCCUAGUAUCAGCCCUGGCCUAGUUUGUUAGUAAACAUUAAUGAAGCACCUACUGUGAUCUAGGCACUGAAGACACAAAGAGAAAUAAAAGACAGUCCCUGUUGUCAGAGCUUAGAAUCUAGUAUACAAAUAUAGUGAUCGUUCAAGAAGUAAAAGAUUAUGAUCCUCACUGUUAAAUGAUCCUAGGAAAAGAGGGUAUUUUACAAAUGGAAAUACAUUUAGUUAAACAGGGAAAUAAUGGAAUAGAGGUAUGAGAACAAUUACAGUUUUAGAAAGGCAGAAUUGGGGAACAAAUAGUAAAAAUCAAAAUCAUAAUGAAAAAAGUAAUAGCAGUUAUAUAGCACCCACUGUGUGCAGUGGACUUCAUAAAUAUGAGCUCAUUUGGUUCUCAUAAGAACCAUAAGGGUUAAGUGUAAUAAUUAUUCUCAUUUUAUAAGUGAAGCAACUGGAGCAACCAGAGGUCUUAUGACUUGCCUAGGGUCACAGUACUAGCGAAUGUCUGGGAUUAGUAUGACUCUAUCCAGUGUACCAGAAAACUGAAAAUACUCAUACAUGAGUGAGGUUGAAAAUGAGAGAAUUUUAGAAUCUUUCUUGUUGAGGAAUGGAUAUCCGUUUUGUUUGUUUGUUUUUGGCUCCUUAGCCAGUCAGCAAAAUGAAUGGCAAUUUACCUUUUAAAAUUCUUAUUACUGUAAAAGUUAUAUAUAUGGUUGAGACUGAAUAUAAAUAUUAUUCGUCGCCAUGGAUUUAAUUUCUUAAAUCCUAAAUGAAACACUCAAGUCAGAAUGGAGUUUUAUGGUGAUUUAAUUACAACAGGAGGAAGAAAUUAAGAAAGAGGAAAAGAGUUAACGCAAACUGCUCUGGCUCAGGCUGAGCCAGGCAGGAGUUCAAGGCUUUGGCCAAGGGUGACCUUCCCCUGAGAGCCAAGGGAAAGGGGAGUCAGUCCUUUUCACUCACAUGACCAAUUCAAGGAAAGCUGUCUGUGGGAGCUCCUCCAAGCUUGAGUUCCAGGAUCAAACUGACGUCUAGUCAUCUCCAUAGGAAGUGACAACUCCAGAGGCAGUUCUCUACAUCACUUCCUGCAUCUCACAUGUGCCAAUGGUGGCUCAUUUUUUUUCUUAGGACAGCCCCAGGGGACAGUCAGUUGUUUCUGAUUUGUCAUUUGCUAGCACAUGCCCGUGUAGUGUGAGCGUGCACAUUACUGGGUGCUAGACCAAGCAAGAUGGAGAAAAUCUAAAAAUCCCCCGAUGAUGUUUGGGGGACUAGACUCCCGAAAUGAUCACCAAACAUAAGCAUCCUGCACCCCCAAAAUUUCUAACUUCAGUCAUAUACAAAAUUUUACUUUCUAAGAGGAAAACUACAAUAGUUAGAGAUAAGGGGGGAAUAGAAGAGAGAGAGACAGCAAAACCAAUGUUUUUCUGGGUGCAUUCACAAAAGCCAAUUGGGGGCAGUCCCCUUUUGGCAUUAGAGUUUAUAUUCAAAAUAAAUGUUCAAUCGACUGCACCCCAAGGUUCAUUCUGGAUCUUACUGUAGUGUAAAGAUUUAGGUAUCUAUCUGCAAACAGUUCAUUCUCUGGAUGUAGGUGUUAGCAAGCUUAUUCCCUGAAGAUCUUUCUUGAACAAAAAUGUUUUAAAUCUUGGAUUUUAUGAAAAUACAAUCCCCCCUGAAGAAGGUGUUAAAAAAACACCAGUUCAGCUCAGGAUGCAAGGUUUAGUUAUGGGGGUGUGUGAGUCAAUUUUAAAAGAGCAAAAACAAAAGAAAAAAUAUAAUGAUAGAAAAAUUAAACCCUUUUUAUUGUAUAUAUAUUUUAAAGAAGAAUUCAAAAUCAGUAUCAAAAUAUCAAAAAUUUAUGUAUACAAAAUUUUGAGUAUGCAAGAAUAAAUUUCUAAUAGGCCCUUGUAUUAGGGUCCAAUUAAAGUAAUUUCUUAUCCCACAACUCUGUAGGACAGAAUGCAGUAAUAUCUCACUUAUCCAUUUGCAGCCAAGGCUACAGGAAGUUGCCAUACAAUAGGAGAGAAAAAAAGGACCAGAUUAUUUCAAUAGGGAAGUUUCAUUCCCUGUUCUGAUUUUACCUUCAUUCUCAGGGAUAGAGGGAGCGAGGAUGAUAGCCAAACUUUGGUACUUGUCUGUAAGUAUUUUCACGAAGAGUGUGGAUACAAAGAAGACCUAAGUCUUAAUGUAUGUCUAGCGUCGCAGCCUCGAUUCUCACACUAGGUUCAAGCCUUUAGUAUUGGCUUAAAAGUGCAUCAAUCCUACCUGGAUUUGUUUCUUCUUUUUUGUUAACCUGUGUGCUCUUUUUGCACUAUUCAGGUUAAGUCUGUGCACCUUUUUUGAUCCAAUCCUAGAAUCAGACACAAACAUUAAUUGCAGUGAACCUUUCAUGACCUCAUGGAAAUAGAGUUCCUCUUCCCAGGUGUUUGUGACAUAACAUUUCUGCUGAGUAUGCCAAAACAUAGAAAUCUCAGUUCAAGGCUGCAUAAAGUGGUCCAUGAAAUCCUGGGAAUGGGUUAACUCCCCUGUUCACAUUCUGGGGAGGAUAGAUUGUUUCUCUCGAGAAGAGCUCUAAAUCUGGUGUGCUGCUUACAAUAAACAUUCAUUAUCCUUGCUUUGAUAA